GCACAGUCAUGGCGUCUGGUGGUGUUGGAGCUCGACCGGGAGGCAAGGCCGUGCCCAAAGUGGCCAGGGUGAAGAACAAGUUGCCAGCAGAUGUACAAAUCACAGCAGAACAGCUUCUUCGGGAAUCGAAGGAGCGACAACUGGAAGAAGUCGCUGCGCCUCCAACUCAGCGAAUUACUGAUCCUGAAGAGUUGGCUGACUAUCGGAUACGGAAACGAAAGUCUUUUGAAGACAACAUCAGGAAGAAUCGUACUGUUAUGUCUAAUUGGGUGAAGUACGCUCAAUGGGAAGAAAGCCAGAGAGAAUUCCAAAGGGCACGGUCGGUGUAUGAAAGGGCCAUAGAUGUUGAUCAUCGUUGUAUUGCAGUGUGGCUCAAGUAUUCUGAAAUGGAAAUGAAACACAAGCAGAUUAAUCAUGCUCGUAAUCUGUGGGACCGGGCGGUUACCAUUCUUCCUCGAGUAAAUCAGUUUUGGUACAAGUAUACGUACAUGGAGGAGAUGUUAGGAAAUAUUGCUGGGUGUAGGCAGGUGUUUGAGAGGUGGAUGGAGUGGGAACCUGAGGAGCAGGCAUGGCUUUCGUACAUCAAGAUGGAGCUACGAUACAAGGAAACAGAUCGUGCACGAGCCAUCUAUGAACACUUUGUGAUGGUCCAUCCUGAAGUUAAGAACUGGAUUAGAUAUGCCUCAUUUGAAGAGAGACAAGGUUUUGUCGCAAGUGCGAGAAGUGUGUACGAGCGAUCGUGUGAAUUCUUUGGUGAUGACCACAUGGAAGAGGCUUUGUAUGUUGCUUUUGCCAAAUUUGAGGAAAGACAGAAAGAGCAUGAGAGAGUUAGAGGUAUCUACAAGUAUGCACUUGAUCGUAUUCCUAAAGAAAAUGCCAAGGAGUUGUUCAAGAACUACACAACACACGAGAAGAAGUACGGUGAUCGAAGCGGCAUUGAAAAUAUUGUACUGAGUAAACGGAAGUUUCAGUAUGAAGAGGAAGUGAAAGCUAAUCCUUCAAACUACGAUGCCUGGUUUGAUUAUCUUCGUCUGAUGGAGGCGGAGUCACAGGAUGUGGAGAGCGUACGAGAAAUCUAUGAACGAGCAAUAGCAAACACACCACCAACACAGGAGAAGCGUUUGUGGCGACGAUACAUUUAUUUGUGGAUAAACUAUGCAUUGUAUGAGGAACUGGAGGCGAAAGAUGUUGAUCAAACACGUCAGGUGUACAAAGCAAUACUGAAUGUAUUACCACACCGACAGUUCACAUUUGCCAAAGUGUGGUUGAUGUAUGCUCAAUUUGAAGUAAGACAGAAGGACCUUCCGGCUGCCAGGAAAGUUAUGGGAACUGCUAUUGGCAUGUGUCCCAAACCCAAACUUUUCAAACAAUACAUUGAGCUGGAAUUGCAGUUGCGUGAAUUUGAUCGCUGUCGCAAGUUGUACGAGAAAUUUCUUCAAUUUCAGCCAUCAAACUGCACAACUUGGAUCAAAUAUUCUGAGUUAGAAAACUUGUUAGGCGAUGAGGACAGAGCAAGAGCCGUAUUAGAGCUGGCUGUUGGACAACCAGUAUUGGAUAUGCCCGAGUUACUAUGGAAGGCGUAUAUUGAUUUCGAAGUGUCACUGAAAGAGGACGAACGGGCGAGGCUGCUGUAUGAACGAUUACUCGAGCGAACUCAACAUGUGAAGGUUUGGAUAAGCUAUGCCCAGUUUGAAGCAUUGCAAGGCAACUUUCAACAGGCCAGAUCUAUUUACAAUCGUGGAGAUAAAUCAAUAAAGGAUACAGAGGAGAAGGAAGCUCGGGUCAUGCUUCUUGAAUCGUGGAAGGAAUUCGAGAGCAAGGAUGGUGAUGAAGAACAUCAGAAGCGGAUCGAGUCGAGAAUGCCGAAACGCAUCAAGAAGAGACGGAAAGUGCAGACUGAUGAUGGGACUGAUGCUGGUUGGGAAGAAUACUUUGACUACAUCUUUCCCGACGACUCGGCAGCCGCACCGAACUUCAAACUGUUACAGAUGGCGAGACUGUGGAAGCAACAACAAGGCUAGCAAACAUCACACAUUUUCUAUAGAUGUCAUAAUUAAAGUAGAACACAUCAAGUGUACGAAUGUGAGUCCUGGUCUCUAAGUUGCAGUAACAAGAUCUUGUGGCUGAUAAUACUUUUCAAAAUAAUUUUCAAGUUGAUGUCACUGGCCUGUUUAGGGGAGCUUUGCAAUUGAGGCUAUGAU